ACGCUCCUAACAGUUUAUUUCUGUGCGAAGUAAUAUUUGGAAGAAAGUAUGUGGAUCUUACACUUAACAGAAAGAGGCAGAUGUAGACGUACCUUUUGAAGGCAACUUGACAACAAACAAAUUUUGAAACAUUUUUGACCGGAAUCGCCCCUUUAUAGUGUUAAAUUGCAAUUUUUAUUUACUUAAAGAUGAUUUUUUCGUCUGGUUUAUCAUUGAUGUUACUAGUGCUCAAUGUGUGCUUUGCAAUUGAUUCUGAUAUUAGGGAGGAAGACUUGGGAAAUAAGAUUUCUCUCAAAGUUCCUCAAUUGUCUGAAGAAGAAAAUAGAAGUAAUCACAUGCCUACCAAUUUGAGAUGUGAUGCAUGUCUUGCUGUUGUUUAUCAAUUAUAUACUGCUCUGUUUGUAGAACAAAGUAAAUUGGAUAAGUCCAAAAAAAGAAAAUCUCUGAAAGAGUAUGAGAUAUUAGAAACCAUUGAAAAUGUUUGCAAUAAAAAUUUUGAAGAAUAUGGAGUAAAGCAAGUUGAUGGCCUAAAUAGAUUAUCUGGUCCAGGUUUAGAGACACAAGGAGUUAUGGGCAUGACGCAAAUGGGUGGCAGGUGGCCACAUAGGUUGCAAGAAAUGUGUCAUUAUUAUAUUGGAGAGGCUGGUGAGUUUGAUAUCUAUGAGAUGUUCCUUGAAGGUAAAAGUAAAUUGACUGAAUUUUUGUGCUAUGGCAAAGGAACUUAUGGACACUGCGCACAGCUAAAGUCAUCAACAAAAACUGAGUUAUAACACAUUUCUGUUGAACACUACUGAGGACUAUUAAUGUAUCAUUAAUGAGGCACAUCUUAGCACUUACAGCCUGUGAUAUUUUUAUUUUCAGGCUCAUUUGUAUUAUACUAGGCUCAGAAAACGUUUAAAUUUUUACAUGCCCUGCCGGGACUCUUAGUCUAUUAUUAAUCUGUUGAAAAAAUUAUAAUAACAGCAUACAUAUAUAUAUCAACAAAUUUAUUUUAUAUAUAAUUCAGAAGUAUUGAAUAUUAUUAAUAAAGAAUAAUUAGGCAUUAUUUACUGCAAAGUAUAAUGAGUAAAAUUUGAGUCAAUGAUAAAACAUAACAUUUGAGUCAAUGACAACAAAGAAGUAGAAAACAUGCAGAAAAUCAUUUUUAACAAAGAAGUUAUAAUGUCAAAACAAUUAAGAACUAUUGACAUGUACAUGCUCUUAAUCAUGUUACUUAAAAAUGAUCUUCUAAAUUUUAAUAUUAAUUGUUUUCUUGUGUACUGCAAUAGGGAUAAUCUUUUUUUCAUAUUAUUUUCUUUUUCCCUUUUUUGUCACGUUUUCUCCUUAUCCAAAAUUUUGGUGAUUUUUGUUUAAAUUUAAGAACUUUUUUAUCAGUACUUUUUUCUAUUUCUAAUUUGAUAUUUACAUGGCCGGUUCGGAAUUUAGGGGUAAAAAAUGCAUGCCAGAUCAGAAUUCUUGCAUGCCCCAGCAUGUCGAGAGAUAUAAUUUUUGAGCUCUGGUGUAAUAUUUAGAGUCAUGAUCUCAUCUGAUAGUCAACGUAAAGUCGUAAUAUUUAAUCAUUUUUGAAAGGACAAUCCACUUCAUAAAAGUUUUUUGUGUGUUAAAAAUUAUUAAACAAUCUUUCUUAUUGAUUAAAAUCUGAUAAUUUUAAACUAAUUUCAAAAAGUUUUAAUGACUAACAAAACUGUGGUAAAAGAAUUGAUGCUCUCCCCACACAAAUAAAGUUACCAGUAGAAACUGAAUUCUAUCCAGUUGAUAAAUACUUAAGAUUAUAAAGAGGUUUUACUAAGUUCUUACACCCAGUCAUUCUUUUAUUUUCAGGUCCAUUUGUAUAGCAUUUAUAGUCAUAUUCUUAUCAGUUUAAGAAUCUUAUUUCUGUUAGCUAUCAUAAAAUCAUAAUAUAUUGUUAUUCUGAAAUGAUCGAUCCACAUGAAAAAAUGUUUUGUAAAUGGUUCAAAAGCCCAUCAGUGUAGGUCACGGUCUUCUUCAUGAAAACUUUUCAGGUAUCUCUUCUAAAACCAACAUGCCUCCAAUUUUUAACAUGUCUGGUUAGAAAGUUAGUUCCAAUGUCAUCAGCCUAUCAAAGUAUAGGUCUUCCUCUAUGUUGGGUUACAAAUGGUUAAGCCAUAAAAAUCUUCAAAAGUAGUAAUCAUUUUUAAAUAACCUGUCUAUUUCAGUUAAGUCGAUUUAACUUAUGUGAAUUAUAUCUGGUUCUUUGUUGGUUUUGUGCAAUUCUGAAUUGAAACAUUUAUGGUACACAUUGUUAAUCUGUACUCUUUUAAACUUAGCCUUACAUUCUAAAAAUCUUACAUUCAAAAUUAUCAAUCCUAUUUUUAACUUUCUUUGUUAGAAAUCAACAUCAAAUAUUUCUUAGUACUUGAUCCAUUCUUAUGCGCCCAAAGAAAAUUUAUAUCGCAUUCCUCAUUUAAGAAAUUUUACAACCAAACAUAUUUUUUUAGGUUUUCACUUCUGAAAAUUGUACUAUUUUUUAAAAAAAACUAUGCUUUAACUACUUUUGUGACUUAUUAUUUUUUUUACUUUUAUAUGUAUACUACUUAUUUUUGGUUUACAUAUGUACAUUACUUAUUAUGAUUACAAAAUGUUUUGUUUUUGAUAAUAUACUACAAGCAGUUGUUGAUAAAAAUAACUACAUUUAUAAAUGGAGUUAGAAUUUCAUUCCUAAUAAAUGUUUGUCGUGUAUUGAAACAUAUAAAGAAAUAAAUGAGAAUCUAUUUAAAGAAAUCAAUGAAAUAUUUAACUGUAUAAAUUGUAUAUGUUUACCUGAAUAAAAAAAAGAAGUAUGUAUGAAAAUCUAGUUUAAUAACAUUAAACUAAACGUGUUUUAUUCAAUCUAGCUUAACAACAAUAAUGAUCAUCAAUAAAAAAUUUAUAUCUAGUUAUAA